CGCUCACUUAAUCAGUUUAAAUAGUCGGACUGGGAAACAUGGUCAGCCUACUUGUGGUUUUGUGCCUAAGCUCCCUGGCAAUGGUGAGUGGCCAAUUUGACCACCAAUUAGCCAUUAGCAAGCAACCAGUCGGGGACCUGGAUGCCAUACAGUAUGCGACCAUCUCCAAGCUUCGUCGUUUGUCAGUGGAGUUUGUCGAGCUAUUCCCAAACAUAACCGCAGCCGAUCUGACGGGCGAUCCCAGCAGAGCAGGACUCCUGGCUGUACAGGAGUGCCAAGUGGACAUAGCACUCUUAACGAAGGAUCUGGCGUCGUUUAAAACAUGGGCUGUGAAGAUGAUCGACUCGUGGGGCUUCCUGCCCUCUGGCAUACUAAUGGGAAACUUUUGGGACCUGGGAAACUUCGACGAGUGUAUCGGCAUCGAGAACGUUGUGUCCGCCACACAUAGAGUGGCUGGAAAGUACUGCCUCGCCACCUCGCCGCUGGUCCUCAAGACGGGUGUCUGCUUUCCCGCAUCCUGUUCCGCCUCCCAAAUAGACGCGGUACUGAAAAAGCUGUUUCAAGCCCUACUUGGCGAGGAGUUUGGUCAGGACGUGGAGAUAGUGAGUGAAGACACAUGCAAGACCGCGGAGAAAGAGCCAUACGACGGCCUUACUAUAUUCACCAUCGUUCUUCUAUCUAUUCUGGGUGUUUUGGUGGCUUCAAGCACGCUUUAUGACUACUUCUAUCAGGAAAACAAAAUCCCUAAUGUCGUGGUCAAGGCGUUCUCGGCACGUGCCAACUCCAGGGCACUCUUUCGGUUGGUGGAGCCCAAGUCGAACCCCAAUGUCAUAGACUGCCUGCAUGGAAUUCGGUGCCUGUCAUUUAUCUGGGUGGUUUAUGGCCACGACUACCUUCAGUACUCUUCAUCCCCCAUUAUUAACGUGCUGGACGCAUUUUCGUGGUUGAGGUCCUUUUUUGGUCUAUUUGUAAUGCACGGAGUCUUCGCUGUCGAUACGUUCUUCUUUUUGAGUGGUAUGCUGCUUGUUGUUAUUGCACUUCGCACAAUGGAUAGGACCAAGGGCAAGCUCAACAUCCCCAUGAUGUAUCUUCAGCGGUAUGUGCGUCUUACGCCCCUCGUAGCUUUUGCCAUCCUCGUCUACCUGAAGAUUUUACCCCUUUUGGGCGACGGUCCACUUUUUGGCCAAAUAGGCUCCGGCCCUUACGCAUCCUGCAAAGAGACCUGGCACUGGACGCUUCUUUAUGUGCAGAACUACUUCGCAGAAAACAUGUGCCUGAGCCAUACUUGGUACCUGGCCGCGGACAUGCAACUUUACAUCUUCACGCCGUUCCUCCUUAUCGCCCUUUACAAAUGGGGCAAGAAGGCGGCCGCCGGCAUCUUUAUCCUGAUGUUGCUUCUGGCUUCCUGCCUCUUCAGCAUAAUGGUCAUCAAAAACAUGUCCAUGAGCGCUGGUACGGAGGCCAGAAGAAAAUUGUAUUAUACGGCGAACGUGCGGGCGUCGCCGUAUCUAGUUGGAAUUCUUUUUGGUUACUUUCUGCACCUGAGCCGCGGCAAAAAGUUCAAGUUGAACCCCAUCGCAGUGCUGCUGGGCUGGUUGGUCGGGCUUGGUCUGCUAUUCACCUGCAUUACAUCGGUGUACCAUGCCAGUAAUAUUUCGAUUGCUACGGAGGCCUGUUAUGUGACCCUCACCCGCAUCGCCUGGCCCCUGGGCCUCUGCUGGGUUGUUUUCGCCUGUAUGAACGGAUACGGCUAUUUGGCAAACAGCUUUCUCUCGUCCCCCCUGUGGCAGCCGAUGUCCAGGCUCUCAUAUGCCGCCUACAUCUUCCACAUGUUCAUAGAGUCCCUUAACGGUGGGAUUACUCGCACCAGCACCUAUUUCAGCGACUACCAAGUGAUGCUACACUUCUGGGGAGAUCUUGGCUUUACGAUGAUUCUUUCUUACCUGAUGCACAUCCUGGUCGAGGCGCCCUUCGCCAACUUGGCGACCAUUCUGUUGAGCUUCAAGAAGCCAAAGACCGCACCGGUUGAAGCUCUUCAGCCCAAAUCACCAUCAAUCGAAGAAACUGUCGAACCUCCCACUGACACUCAUGCAAGUAAUGCUAAUACAAAGGAAAACUCUCUUGGAGAUCAACCGAUUGAAGAAGGAAAGGAAAAUUAAUAUAUAUUAUAUAUUAGAUGUUUUUACAUACUGGAACUAUGCGUAUACGCUUCUUAGAAUAAAUGUUGCAUAUCAAAUCUCUAUCAAAUUAAAACAAGAAAGAA